AUGAGAUUCGCUCAUUUCUUGAGUGCCGUACUUGGCGCCAUAGCAGCAUCGGCCUUGCCACAACAGCAGAAUUUAUACGAGCUAUUUACCAGUCCCGAGAACGCAUGGCAUCGGGACACCAUUCUGUCAUUCCCUGGAUCUCCUGCCUUCUAUAAUGCCACGCUCCGCUGGACCCCCUCUGCUAGCCCUCAGUAUUUUGCCGCCAUCUCCCCAGCUAAUGAGGCAGAUGUAGCCAAAGCCGUGAGACUCGCUAGCAAUGCGGGAAUCCCCUUCCUCGCACAAGGGGGACGCCAUGGAAUCGCCGCGCAGCUUAACACUCUGAGGAACGGACUGGCGAUCGACCUUUCAAAGUUGAAUUCCGUCUCCGUAAAUAGGCGUGCUGCUACUGCUAAUAUUGGUGGCGGGGCCCGAUUUAGAGAUAUCUUUGGACCUGUGGGUGAUGCUGGUUUCCACCUUCAAACCGGUUCAGGUUCUUGUCCAGGCGUCAUGGGCGUUGCCCUGGGUGCUGGUGUGGGACGAUAUCAAGGCAUGUUCGGCCUCGUGCUUGAUAAUCUGCUGUCGGCCCGUCUGGUUACGGCCGAGGGAAGGGUCGUCGACGUCUCCAAGUCGCAAAACCCUGAUCUUUUCUGGGCUAUCCGCGGUGCUGGUGCGAACUUUGGUAUUGUGACCUCGGCAGUAUUUAAGCUUAACAAGGCACCAAACGGUGGGCAAGUGCUCAACGCGGAUUUCAUCAUCCCUGCAACCUCAAACAGCUCGUAUAUGGACUUGCUUCAGACUCUUGAGAGGAUGCCCCCUGAGCUUGCUACGAUCUCUUUUGUCUUGUGGAAUGAGACGAUUAGUCAGCCCCAGAUUCUUGCCAACUGGGUCUACACUGGUCCACGAGAGCAGGGGAUGAGACUAAUAGAUCCAAUUUUUAGACUCAAUCCUGUUCGAAGUGAGAUAAAGAUGGUUGCUUGGAAGGACCUUGUGGGCACGGCUGGGUUUGGGAUAGACGGCCUGUAUUGCCAACCAAGCAACACCCAGUUCACUCAAAUUUCGACCAAUGUGCGUCGGCUCGAUGCAAAGACGUUCAAAACAAUGUUUGAGAAAAUGAACAGCUUUUACAGAAGGGUCCCUGCUGCUCGCGCAAGUAGCAUCGAGCUUGAAAUCUUCAACACUGAUGCCGCCAAGCGCGUGCCGAGGGACGAGACGGCCUACCCCUGGCGUGACACCAUCGGCUACACCAUGUACGAGUGGAGUUGGACAACCCCAGAGGCUCGUGAGGAGUGCAUCAAGAUGGGAAACGAGCUUCUGCGCGACUUCGUGGCUACGUCGGGAUACCCGGAUGUUUCCGUCUACGUCAACUACGCCAGCGGCAACGAGACGGUUGAGCAGAAGUUUGGGAAGGAUAAACUUCCCAGGCUGGCUUCACUCAAGAGAAAGUGGGAUCCAAGAAAUGCCUUUCGAUGGACCAAUCCUCUGCCCACGAAUCCAGCAGCUGAGACGGAUGUGGUAGAAAUUGUCAAGUUCGCAACAGCACAUGAUAUUCCCUUUCUCGCUACUGGUGGUCAUCAUGGGUAUUCAACUAACCUAGGGAAGCUGUUUAAGGGCCUGGCAAUUGAUCUUAGUCUGCUGAACUCUGUCGAGGUGUUUACACGUAAUGCCACUUUGGUCGUCGGCGGAGGCACUCGAUGGGACCAAGUAUUAGAUCCUGUCUACGAAGCUGGUUUUGAAAUGCGAGUUGUGGGGACAACAAUAGGUGGUGGUAUCGGGCGCUACUCAGGACGAUAUGGCAUGAUCAGCGAUUCAUUGAUCUCAGCAAAUGUGGUCACUGCAGAUGGCCGACUUGUUGAAGUCUCAGAGACGUUAAACUCGGACCUGUUUUGGGGAAUACGUGGUGCUGGCGCCAAUUUUGGCAUCAUCACUCAAGCCGCGUAUAACCUACGGAGGGUCGACGGACGGAAUCUUGUGAUGAAUGCCGACUUUGUGCUCAAUUCCGACAUGAGCAACUCAUACUUCGACCUUUUGGAAUCUUAUGAUGGGUCGAUGUCCGAGAACCUUGCCAUUGUCACUAUGAUCAUAUAUAAUAAAAAAAUAAAUGCUGCUCAAAUUUUGGCAAAUUGGGUUUAUCUUGGCCCGGAAAAAGAAGGUCUUGGCAUCAUAAAACCCUUACUUGAAUUGCAGCCAUCCAUAUCUUCCAUCUCUAUGGUCCCGUGGAAUAAGAUAUUAUCUUCCCAAGGGUUGGGUAUUAUCGAUACUAUGUUCUGCCGGAACAACAAGACGCGCAGCCUCUAUUCGGCGAAUGUACAACGCUUUCCAGCCUCAACCUCCAAGACGGCGUUUGAGGAGAUGGAAAAAUUAUACGCUGAACAUCCUGUUGCCAGAACAAGCAGCUUGAGUUUGGAGAUGUUUCCCAACCAGGCUACCAUGGCCCAGGGUUCAGAUGCAACUGCAUAUCCGUGGAGAGACGCUCGAGGCAACAUCACAGAUGCGUUGGAAUUAUCGACCAGGCUUGGCCAGAGCAUUCGAGACGUUUUUGCCAAGACCUCGGAAUAUUACCAAUUAUCUGUCUACGUCAGUUAUGCGCAUGGCGAUGAAAGUUUGGAGCAAGUCUUUAGCAGAGAGAAGCUACCUCGAUUGGCUGCUUUGAAGAAGAAGUGGGAUUCCCAAAAUGCAUUUAGAUACAGUCACGCGCUACCGACAGAAUAUCGUCCAAUCGAAGCUUUAGUGCUGUAG